CCAGUGACGAGCCAAGAUGGCUGCGCCCAUGUACUCCCCGUAGCAGUUGUUGACCUUUGUUUUUCCUCCCUGUCACCUGGCCCCUGUGGUGGCAGGCUGGGCACGAAGACUAUGCUGGGCCGGACCCUCCGAGAAGUUUCUGCUGCACUGAAACAAGGCCAAAUUACUCCAACUGAGCUCUGUCAAAAAUGUCUUUCCCUGAUCAAGAAGACCAAGUUUCUAAAUGCUUACAUUACUGUAUCAGAAGAAGUGGCCUUAAAGCAAGCUGAAGAAUCAGAGGAAAGAUAUAAGAAAGGUCACUCACUUGGGGAUUUAGAUGGAAUUCCUGUUGCAGUAAAAGACAACUUUAGCACAUCUGGCAUUGAGACAACAUGUGCUUCAAACAUGUUGAAAGGUUAUGUACCACCUUAUAAUGCCACAGUAGUUCAGAAGCUGUUGGAUCAGGGAGCUCUACUAAUGGGAAAAACAAACUUAGAUGAGUUUGCUAUGGGAUCUGGUAGCACAGAUGGUGUAUUCGGACCAGUUAAAAACCCCUGGAGUUAUUCAAAACAGUACAGAGAAAAGAGGAAGCAGAAACCCCAUGGUGAGAACGAGGAGACAAAUUGGCUUAUAACUGGAGGAAGCUCCGGAGGGAGUGCAGCCGCCGUAUCAGCGUUCACAUGCUUUGCGGCUUUAGGAUCAGAUACAGGAGGAUCAACCAGAAAUCCAGCUGCCCACUGUGGAGUUGUUGGUUUAAAACCAAGCUAUGGCUUAGUUUCCCGUCACGGUCUCAUUCCCCUGGUGAAUUCAAUGGAUGUGCCAGGAAUCUUAACCAGAUGCGUGGAUGAUGCAGCAACUGUGUUGGGUGUACUGGCUGGGCAUGACUGCAAAGAUUCGACCACAGUACAAGAUCCUGUUAAAUCGUUUAUACUUCCCAGUUUGACAGAUGUAAGCAAACUAUGUAUAGGAAUUCCCAAGGAAUAUCUUGUACCAGAAUUAUCGAGUGAAGUACAAUCUCUUUGGUCCAAAGCUGCUAAGCUGUUUGAGUCUGAGGGGGCCAAAGUAAUUGAAGUGUCCCUGCCCCACACCAGUUAUUCAAUUGUCUGCUACCAUGUAUUGUGUACAUCAGAAGUGGCAUCGAAUAUGGCAAGAUUUGAUGGGCUAGAGUAUGGUCACAGAUGUGACAUUAAUGUGUCUACUGAAGCCAUGUAUGCUGCAACCAGACGAGAAGGCUUUAAUGAUGUGGUGAGAGGAAGAAUUCUCUCAGGAAACUUUUUCUUAUUAAAAGAAAACUAUGAGAAUUACUUCAUCAAAGCACAGAAAGUGAGACGACUCAUUGCUAAUGAUUUUGUGAAUGUUUUUAACUCUGGAGUGGAUGUCUUGCUAACUCCCACCACCUUGAGUGAGGCAGUGCCGUAUGUGGAGUUCAUCAAAGAAGACAACAGAACGCGAAGUGCCCAGGGUGAUAUUUUUACACAGGCUGUAAAUAUGGCAGGGUUGCCAGCAGUGAGUGUCCCUAUGGCCCUCUCCAACCAAGGGUUGCCAAUAGGACUGCAGUUUAUUGGACGUGCAUUUUGUGACCAGCAGCUUCUUACAGUUGCCAAAUGGUUUGAAAAACAAGUACAGUUUCCUGUUAUUCAACUUCAAGAAAUAAUGGGUGAUUGUUCAUCAGUCUUUGAAAAUGACUUAGCUUCUGUUUCUCUAAAACAGUAGUGACAAGUAUAUCAUGCAAACUAAAAUGACUUAAAGAUUUUAUAUUCUAGAAAAGUCAAAUGAUCUUGGUAAGCUCUGGCACUUUGGUUCAUUGUCAACAUACUCAUUCCUUGGAACCAUUGUCUAAAAUUCUUGUAAUAUAGUUAAUUAUAUGUAAUCUGCCAGCAUUUAUUAAGCAUCUGCUAAAUGCAGAGUACAGGAUUUCUACUGUAACACAAGACACAUGUUCGUGAAAAACGAUGCAUUUUGCAAAAAUGUCCAUUAAAAAUAACAGCUUGUUUACUUUA